CCGUCUCCACCCCGCGCCGCGGCCCCGCGGCCAGUUCGGCGCUCGGCUUGCGGCGGGUGUAGGCAUGUCUGCGGUCCUGCAGCGCAUCGAGCGGCUGUCCGGCCGGGUGGUGCGCGUCCUGGGCUGUAACCCGGGGCCCAUGACCCUGCAGGGCACCAACACCUACUUGGUAGGGGUCGGCACCAGGAGAAUCCUCAUUGACACUGGAGAACCAGCAAUUACAGAAUAUAUCAGCUGUUUAAAGCAGGCCCUGACUGAAUUUAACACAACAAUCCAGGAAAUCAUAGUGACUCAUUGGCACCAUGAUCAUACUGGAGGCAUAGGAGAUAUUUGUAAAAGCAUCAAUAAUGAUACUGCAUAUUGCAUUAAAAAACUCCCACGGAAUCCUUGGAAAGAAGAAAUUAUAGGAGAUGGAACACAACAAUAUGUUUAUCUGCAAGAUGGAGAUGUGAUUAAAACUGAGGGUGCCACUCUCAGAGUUAUACACACACCUGGCCACACUGAUGAUCAUAUGGCUCUAUAUUUAGAAGAGGAGAAUGCUAUCUUUUCUGGAGAUUGCAUCCUAGGGGAAGGAACAACUAUAUUUGAAGACCUCUAUGAUUAUAUGAACUCCCUGAAAGUGCUGUUGAAAGUCAAAGCUGAUAUUAUAUAUCCAGGACAUGGCCCAGUAAUCCAUAAUGCUGAAGCUAAAAUUCUAGAAUACAUUUCUCACAGAAAUACCCGAGAACAGCAAAUUCUUACGUUAUUUCGUGAUAAUUUUGAAAAAUCAUUUACAGCAAUGGAGCUUGUAAAAAGCAUUUACAAGAAUGUUCCUGACAAUUUACAUAAAAUGGCUGAACAUAAUGUCUUGCUUCAUUUGAAAAAAUUAGAAAAAGAAGGAAAAAUAUUUAGCAACACGGAUCCCGACAAGAAAUGGAAAGCUAAUCUUUAGUUUCAGAUUAAUGAAUGCUUUUGUUGGUUUGUUUUGUUUUUAGUGAAUGAUAUGUUUUAACUAUUAAUUAUUUACAGGGAAUAUAGAGCAUAGAACAUUGAAAAUAACCCUAGAUAUACUUUAAAAUAAUGUCAUGUUUCUUGUCAAAUAUAUAUUACACUUUACAUGUAUAAUGUAGGUUACUUAUCUAAGUCUUACAACAUUUUACCAAAAAUUCAGAAUCCAACAAUUUAUGCACGUUCAACAGACUUAUGGCUACUUUAAAAAUAAUAAAAUUUAUGUAAGUUAAACUGGAUAUUAUUCUUGGAGACUACUUAUCUAUUACAAAUGGCCAUUUGUAUUUUCUCCAGCUGCUUCAGUUAACAGCACAGAUUUCUAUGUAAUCCUUCUUUAUAUCUGUAGAUAACAGCUUUGUUUUCAUGUUUCUACCAGUUAUAUUAUGAUUCUGUUUUAGUUCCAUAGCUCUGUAUCCUGUAUAUUUUCUUAUAAUGGUAUCUCACAAAUGAUUUGUGCACAUCAACUUAUGGUAAAUGAAAAAUAUUAAAUUUCUAGUUAAAAGCAUUAUGUAAUAAUUAUUUCUGUAAUCCAUUAGUACAACUAACUUACUUUUCAAGUUUAGAUUUUAGUGUAUAAAAGUCAUUACUAUAUAUAUAUAUAUGAAUUAACAGUCAUUAGUAUAUAUAUGAAUUAUAUACCAAAAAAAUUUUUAAUUAGAGGAUUUAUAAGACAGCAUUUUUAAUACAAGUAGUAUUCUUAAAUAGUGAUUAGGUUCUCAGGGUAGCCCAGCAAUGCUUAUUUAACUUGAAAGAUUGCCAAAGUAUAAUAUUAAAAUGAGCUCAGAAUCCGGA